CGGCUGCCCUCGGCGCUGCCUGUGCGACGUCGGGGAGGAAGUUCCGCCAGGCGUCCGGGCCGGCGGGGCCCGCGGCCGCCAUGGACCAGUGUGUGACGGUGGAGCGGGAGCUGGAGAAGGUGCUGCAGAAGUUCGCGGGCUACGGGCAGCUGUGCGAGCGCAGCCUGGAGGAGCUCAUCCAGUACGCGGGCGGGCUGCGCCGCGAGAUCCUGCAGACCGAGAACCAAGAUGGAGACUUGUCAGGGACGAUUUCACUUGUUAUGACACAGUGCUGUAAAAGAAUAAAAGACACAGUUCAAAAAUUGGCCUCGGAUCAUAAAGACAUUCACAGCAGUGUUUCCAGAGUUGGGAAAGCCAUUGACAAGAAUUUCGACUCUGACAUCAGCAGCGUGGGGAUAGAUGGAUGCUGGCAAGCUGACAGCCAGCGAAUUCUCAACGAGGUGAUGGUGGAGCACUUCUUCCGACAGGGAAUGCUGGAUGUAGCUGAAGAGCUCUGUCAGGAAUCUGGUCUUUCUAUAGACCAAAGUCAAAAAGAGCCAUUUGUGGAGCUAAAUCGAAUAUUGGAAGCAUUAAAAGUUAGAGUUUUGAGACCUGCACUUGAGUGGGCAGUAUCUAACAGAGAAAUGCUUAUGGCACAGAACAGUUCCCUGGAAUUCAAACUGCAUAGAUUAUAUUUCAUUAGUUUAUUGAUGGGCGGAACAGCAAACCAGAGAGAGGCAUUGCAGUAUGCUAAAAACUUUCAGCCGUUUGCUCUGAACCAUCAGAAAGAUAUUCAGGUUUUGAUGGGCAGCCUGGUGUACCUGAGACAAGGUAUCGAGAACUCUCCGUACGUUCAUCUACUAGACGCAAACCAGUGGGCAGACAUCUGUGACAUCUUCACAAGGGAUGCCUGUGCUCUCCUGGGUCUCUCAGUUGAAUCACCUCUUAGUGUUAGUUUUUCAGCAGGUUGUGUAGCAUUGCCAGCUCUAAUUAAUAUUAAAGCUGUGAUUGAACAAAGACAGUGCACUGGAGUUUGGAAUCAGAAAGAUGAACUGCCGAUUGAAGUGGACCUUGGUAAAAAGUGCUGGUAUCAUUCAAUAUUUGCCUGUCCAAUUCUUCGUCAGCAAACAACAGAUAAUAAUCCACCUAUGAAACUAGUCUGUGGUCACAUUAUCUCAAGAGAUGCUCUGAAUAAAAUGUUUAAUGGCAGCAAAUUAAAAUGCCCCUAUUGUCCCAUGGAACAGAGUCCUGGAGAUGCCAAACAGAUAUUUUUCUGAAGCAAAGAUUCAAUAUGCAGCUUGUAAGGAACACUCUCUAAAUUACAGGUGCAUUUCGAAAGAAGUGAAAAACAAAACAAAACACUUGUUUCAUUUUAUGCAGCAGACUGAGGACUCCUGUGUUUAUAUAAGCUAAUGCUACGGAAACUUUGCCAACAUUUAGUGGAAAUGCUACAAAAGUUAAUAUUACCAUAGGGCUUUACUAUACUCUUGGUCUCCAUACCUGAUCAAGUUACUACACCAGCAGUUGUCAUUCAAUGCAGGUUUUUGUACUUAAUUAUAUGGUGACUUUUUACUUUUUAAAAGCUGAAACCUGAUCAUCCCCCACCCCCAUAUGUUUAAUAUUCUUCCUGCUAUUAUUCUGUCAUCCUCUUAAUAACAGUCACCUUGAAGAAUGUUUGUGGAAAAAGUUUUAUUUCCUGUAAUGUGUACAUAAUUAAAAGUAAAUACUUCAGAAAAAAGUUUGAUAAAUUGAAUAGUGGUUAUAAAACUAAUUUGUAUUUUUUUCGCCGGAAAAAAAAAAAAAGCUGUGAUAUAUUCUGAGUUUUCUUUCAAACAUUUUUUUUCAGAUUUUACAUAACUCAAAGUAAAUGUGCAUAUAUAUAAAAUUAUAUAAAUAUAUAGCUCUGAGGGGCUAACACUUAAGUUCCAUCGCUAACUUUAUAAGGUUGGUGUAUGGAUAAAUUACUACUGGAAUGAAGUGGAAUAGGAAAAUCUGUUUCCUUUGUUUUCAUGAUCGAGAACUGUUUGUGUACUAAAUUACUCAAUAAAAUGGAAUUCCGAAGUGGAGCUGCUUUUAGUCGACGACAUUUGCUCUUUGGCCUUUGUAGUCAUGUUCUUUGAACUUUGUAUUCAGGAUUAGGCAAUCAAUGUCAUGUUGCUGUAUAGUUUAAUAGACAUUAUAGUGUGUUAUUUAUAAACCGUUAUCAGAGCCAAAUGAAGUGUAGAAGUAUUCAUUGUUCAAUGGUGGUGGGGGGGGAAGCAUGUUCUGCUGCAGCCUACGGAUCACAAAUCUGCACCUUGCAGAAUUAGGCCCUAUAUUCUCAUAUUAAAGGUAGCAAAUUUUCAGUAGCUUGAGAACACUUUUGCUUUUAGCCUUGUUUUUCAUAGUAGCCUAUUACUGCUAACUCCACUUUUUCUGCUCAAUUUGUCAUAUUGUUGACUAGGUAAAUUUGUACUUAUAAACCAGGUGUAGAUCAUGGCAGUUAGACCUUUUCUAGUGUGCGUAUAUUUGUAUUUAUUGCACUGUCCUAUAGUAGGGCGAGCAGCCACAUAGCGUGCUAAGAUCCAUGUAAAAUAUAUUUCUGUAUUUGUGUAAUAAAAGAAACCAAGCUUAUAUGGUUGAAUACUGACACACUGGUUGAAUGCACUAGCACAAUGCACUACAGAGGAGAACGUCUGUCAGACCUCUACGCGUUGAAUCCCCGUGUCAUCUGACUUAAGAGACGGACUUGGACUCUAGUGAAUUGGUGGCAACGGAUCCCCCCACCCCUUUAAUGAGACGUUAAAAGGAAAACUCGAGACAGAGUAACCUUUCAAUAUGUAUAAUACGUGUGUUUAAACAUGGAGGUGUAUGACUUUCUGCAAAAAUUACAUUGUAUUCAUACAGAGUUCAAAAAACAAAACCUGGGUUAACAAAUGGUAAAAUCAACAAUAAACGGGUGAGGAUAUUAUUUUCCAUGUA